UGAACUCCGGUCACACUGCAGCGAGCAAAGCGCGAGACGAACAAGCAGACGCCACAAAAUAUUGGUGAAAACAAAUUGGAACUGCACGCCAUCCAAUUAAACUAAACGAAUACUGAAAUGGGCAAGGAAAAGGCGGCCAAAUCUUACUGCAUUGGCGACCUGGUGUUCGCCAAGGUGAAGGGUUAUCCGCCGUGGCCGGCGAAGAUCACCAAGAGCAACAACAACAAGAAGUAUAAUGUUUACUUCUAUGGCACUGGGGAGACGGCCAACAUCAAGGUGGAAGAUCUGUUCCCGUAUGUGGACAACAAGGAGAAGUUCGCCACCGAGAAGAUCAUGAAGCGGGCCAAGUUCAUUGAGGCAAUCGAUCAAAUUGAGAGCGCCCUGCGCGGCGAGGAUUCGGCGCCCAUCGAUUUGUCCAGCGCCGAGGAGCCUGUUGCACCGCCUGCCGUCGCCGAGGCUGUCAGUAAUGAGGAACCGAAGGAGCCAGAGGAACCCACUGCUCAAACUGUUUCAGCUCCUCCUGCGACGGUGGCCGAGAAGCCCAAGAAGAGCGGCAACCGCAAGUCCAAGGCACCACCACGCCAUGUGGUCGGCGACAGCGAGGCGGGUGCUGAAGCUGCCAGAAGACCCUCCUCAUCUGAGGCAGCACCUCCUCCACCCAAGCGGCGUGUCCCAACCGAGGGACUCGGUACCGCCCAGGCACCCCAUCCCGCUCCGGCUGCAGCGGCCACCACCCCCAGCAAGAAAUCCGUAAAGAAAUCCAAGCCCACCGCAGCAGUUACUCCCAUCCAGAAGCGGGCAAGGCCAAUCAAUAACAUUCGGAACGAGAUGCUUAUGGUUUACAUGCCUACUGCCAAGUGCCUGGGCAUAGACAUAAACUACAACAAGCCGGACGUCUUUGAGAGCGCCGCUGCUGAGGAGGCUUGGUUGGAGAAGGCUCGCAAGGAAGCCAUGGAGCUCAAGGUAAAGCUGGAAAGCGGUCAACUCGAGCCGGAGAGCAUGCCCGAAAGGAUCGUGGUGGAACCAACGCGGAGUGAGAUACCCAAGCAGGAGGCCUUGCGGUUUAUCGAGGAGCUAAUCGAGCACGAGGAUGCUCUGUUCAUGGAGCGCGACUUUAUCCAACUUUCCCAGCAGCUGCGAGAGUGCCUGGGCUUGCGAAGGGCCAAUGUGGGCAAGUGCUUGGAGAUCCUCGACCAGUUCAAAGAGGUAGAGUUCACCAAGUUAAUGCUGCUGCGAAAUCCAGAGUGUGUUGACAUUAUGCGAAGACUUCGACGAUAUGUGGGCAAUCUAGACCUCUGGAAGAUGGAUCUAUCCGACGAAGUUGAGUUCAAGGAAAAGGCGCAAGUUAUUCGCAAAGUGUCCUCUGGUAUAUACGAUGGCUUCAAGAGUCUUUUUAACCCAGAGCCGGAGACCGAGGACAACUUUUGGAUUGACUUUUGUGAGAAGGUUAAAAUCUACAAGACCUACACGAAAAAUAUUAACGAGAACCUUCGCGUCGGAAUGAACGAGCGUGGCUACAACAACCUGGUUGUGGCCAAGGAGGGCUCCGCUUCCGCAGAGCCCGUUCCGCAGUAGAUGAACGUUUGUGGACAAGCUCUGCUAGUCCAACUGUACAAUAAGUUACUUCUAAGCGUUGAAGACCGGGCAAUUUGAAGACCUUGCUCUGGACUAUCAAGUUUCGAUAAGCCGAGUGCUAUUGCGUAAUUUCUAGGAUAACAACCCAAAUUUACACAUGUUUUGCAUAUGAGGUGCAUAUCAGUGCAGCUCUCGAGAUCGGAUCCUGCCGCACCCGCUUAAUACAACUAACAGACAUUAAAAGCUUAUCAGCUUCAAAUCCAUAAAUAAUUACUAAGUAUGUAGAUGUUUUGAUUAUUAUUGAAUUAAAUAUAGAUGGUACAUACUCUCAA